AUGUCUGAAGAACGAGCAGCCGAGGGCGAGCAUCCCGCGCAUGAAGAAGAAAAGCCGAGAGAGGAGGGGGAAGAGGCUCAUCUGCAACCUGGAGUCUCCACGUCUGACAUCAAGACGCCCCCGCCUGAGCUCGGCCAAGAUCUUGCUGUCAAGGAGGAAGGUAACUCAAACACUGGACUUCAAUUAGAACACGCUGUCCAACCUUCUCAUCCCAAUAUCGAACUCUCCCCAUCCAAAUCAAUAUUACACGAACCGAUCCAUCUCAACCCUCAUUCUCAUGCAGCUGAUGAACUUCAUGCGCCCGACUCUCCCACCACAUCCCUCAUCAGUUCUUUGCGUAUGCAACUUGCUCUUUUGGCGGAACAAUCUCAACAGCUCAAUAACAAAUUAGUAGCUUCUAUUUCCCGUCAUGCGGAUUUGGAAGAUCAACAUUUCAAUCUACAACAUGAACAUGAUGAUUUGAGACGUAAAGCGGAAGAAUUACAGAAGAGUAAAUCUCAAUGGGAGGAAAGUAUGAAUACUGGUUUGUUGGUUGAGAGAACUCAGAUAACUGCUGAGAUGCAAAGAUUAGCGGCUGGUUUAGUAGAGGAAGAAAGAAGACGUGGGAGUGCUGAGGAGAGAAGACAAAAGGUUGAGAGUGAGGUGGAUGAUUUGGCUGCUAGUUUGUUUGAUCAGGCUAACACAAUGGUUGCUACCGAAAGACUUGGUCGGAUGCAAGCUGAAGAUCGACUAAAGACUGCUGAAGAAAAUCUAGCAGCUGCAGAAGCCGCAGUGAGGGAUAUGCAAUUACAUCUUCAAUCACUUCCAACUUCCGCUCAAUCCCCUCAUGACGCUCGAGCUCCAAGAAUCCCCAGAAGAUAUCUUUCGUCACAUGUACCAUAUUCUGAAUUCAUCACUUUUCUCACACAUCUUCGUACUUUACGACAUAUCAACGAAAAAGCCAUCACUACUUUCCCACCUCCUCUGCUUAUCAACUUACUGAAUCAACCUUUCAUCGCUAGGAUAAUUGCGGAAGAUCAAGAUCCUUCUCUCCGACUUGAUACCGCUCCGGAUUUGAAUUACUUCUCUCGACGUGCAGUCAGCAAUGCUAUAAUAGCUGGAGAGUUGGUUAUCGAACCUGUCUCAGCUAUGACAGUCAUUUCAGCUACUACGGCAGGUAUAUACGAUAUAAGUUGUUCUCUUUGUGGUAAACCGGUAUUUCAUCCAUCACAUCAAGAUUCUUCUCCUGCAGUUGGAGCAGGAGGACAAUUUGGACCUCCACCUCUUCAUCCAUCCACUCGAUCGACUUCCACAGGAGGACGUUUCAGUCUCAAACCAUUUUUCGCUUCACCUUCUCCAAACCCUCAACAUUCUCCCAAUACAUCCCCUGCUCCUUCUCCAAGACCGACUCAGAGUUUGCCAUCGGUAUACAUCUUCCGUAUUGCUCGUCAAGCGCCAGGCGUCGAUAAGGAGAAGGAAACGCAAAAUCGAUCUUAUCCACUGUGUCGAUCGGGAUGGUGUUUGGAACGUCUUCGUGCUAUUUGUGAACUAUGGCAUUUCGUGAGGACAAAUAUAGUGCAAGUCGUAUGGGUAGGAGACGAUGGUCAUGUCAUUGUAUCGUCAGCAGGUCUAGGACCGACUAUCAUCACUGGGGAUGGACAGAGUAGUAGAGUAGUCAGUGAUUCUUCGACGGUAGCCCAAAAUGAGAAGGAAGAACCGAAGAAAAAGUCGAGCUGGGCUUUGGGAUUCAAAUUGACGGAAAAAUCUAGCAGUUGGAGGGAUGGGGAAGGGGAGAAGGAAAAGCAAUUAGGUGAACCUGUGUCGGAUAAAGAUGAGGAGGACAAGGGUGGUUUGGCAGCUCCUAUAGAACUCAGGACGGAAUCGCCUGCACCUGAAGAUACGGUUGACAAGGAGAAAGACCUUCCAAGUAUUCAAGAACCGGCGGAAGUAACUGGCGAGGAGAUGGAAAAGCUCGAGAAGGUGGAGGUUGAAAAGUCACCAGCUGUCAGCGCUACGGCGGCUUCGGAGAUUGAGACGGAUGACGGAGCAUCUUUCUCUACUCCUAAAGGUGGCAGUGUGGAUAUCCAUGAACAAGAUCUCAAUCAGGAAGCUUCUGUGGCUGUUCAAGAGACUGUCUCACACUCGUCUUCAACGCCCAUCAAAGAAAAAAACCCAUCAAUCGCGUCUGACAAUGAUUAUUCUGACGAACCCCCGACUAUGGACGAACCGACUAAAGAAGAGGGUGAAGUAGAAGGAAUGUCAGAAGACAAGCCGAAUGUGAUUUCUCUAGAUGAACCCAUCAAUGGGACGACAGAAAUGAAAGAGAAGAGUACGAUAGACAAUGAUGCCAAGAAAACGGAAAAGAUCGUCCCACUGAUCAGAGAGCUGCCUCCAUUACCGCCAAGACACCCUAAGACACCGACGAUGCAGAUUGAAGUGAUGGCUGGGGAGAGGGAGAGAUCGUACAUUGGCGAGAGGGAUGACGGAUGGGACGCCAAGAUGUGGACGAAUGUGGUGAGGUUGAAAGAGAGCAUUUGGCGUACUCGAGUAGGAGUGAUAGAUGGUUGA